GCACAAAUAAUCUACAGUGCAGUACAAAAUUGAAAUAUGAAAACGCAGGUCAUACUGUAAACAUAAAUGAUUCACAGUACAAUGAAGGAUUAGAAUAUGAAGACACUUACGAAUUUGAGAUACUUGAAGAUGAGAAUUUAAAUAACUCAAUAACUUGGAACGAAUGGACACCAGCCAAGCUGAGCUCUGAAAAGAGUAAAGAAUUGCAGUUUCCAAACAAUCAUAAAAAUGAAGAUUCGUUAACAUUAGACGAUAUUGAAACAGUCGUUGCACAAUCCUCUAAAGAAAACUGCAAUCCAUUAACAAAUAGCUCAUCAUCAAAUAGUUCACGAUUUAAUGUAAAGGGUAAAAGAUCAAAACAGCUGAAAACAAAAGCUACCAAAGGAAAUGAAGAAUUAAAUAAUUUGACACAAUCCAAAUUGGAAUUAGUGGAAUUAAUGAAGGAAGAUAUUCGUAAAAAAUCAGCAAUAGAAAUAUCAAUUUUUGAAAUGCUAUUAGAAAAAGAAAAACUUAAUGUUGAAAUUCUUAAAAAACACAAAACAUCCUCAGGAUAUCCUCAGGAUAUCGAGGAUAUUUCGGUGUCCCAAGGAUGUUCUGAGGACAUCGAGAUCUCCCCAAGAUGUCCUAAGGAUAUGUAG